AUACUGAAAAUUUUCUACAUAUUAUUUAGGAUAUGUAUAAUUUUUAUUUAGCUGUUGAUAGUCUAAGAAUCCAAAAACAUUGAAGUUUGAUUUGCACAGGGAAUCAUGAUUUUAUUUUAAUUAUUCAUUUCAACUCGCCGUACAAUCGUAAUGGCGUUAUUUGCCACUAGGCGGCGACAUAGCACCUGCAGUGGGGAAGUCUGAAAUUUUGUAUGUAGUCAGAGAAAGUGCGCGAGCUCGUAUCCCAGUCAGUCAUGCGAUUACAAGUAACUGUAAGUUACUGAGCAAGGUUAUCAGAGUUUUGGACAGCUUAUCUCAGGUUACACGUGACACUGUAAUUUUAAUUGUCAGUUACUACCUGUCAAUUUGAUAGUUCAAAGGAGUGGUAAACUAUCUUUAUAAUAUUUGCGAGACAGUACGGAUACUUACGAUGAAUCUGUUAGGUGUUUGACGUUUGUGUGCUGAAUUUUAAAGGAAUUAUUAGGCAUUUUUACUACGCAAAUUGAGUACUAACAUGUCAACGGAAUCGUUAGUUCCUUCGGGAGGGUCUGAGGACGUUCACCAGCAGAAUGUCGCUCCUCCAUGUAAGAUGCCUGUUACAUCUGUAAAGCUAGGUAUCAUCUUUGGUUUUGCUGUUGCUGCUUUAUCGGUUGGCCUUGCAUUGGGAAUUUUGUGGCCUAAUUUAUUCACUAGUAUCCUAUUUCGUAAAUUAAUACUUUCACCAACGUCUAUGUCUUUUGGAAUUUGGAAAGAAACUCCUAUACCUAUGUAUUUGGAGAUAUAUUUGUUUAAUUGGACAAAUGCUGACAACUUCAGUUCCACUGCUACUACAAAACCCAAUUUUGUUGAAUUGGGUCCUUACGUAUUUAAAGAAGUUGAUUAUAAAGUAAAUGAAGUAUGGCAUGAUAAUGGUACUGUGACUUUUCAACAAAAACGAAUUUGGCAUUUUGAGGAAUCCAUGUCAAAAGGCAGCUUGUUGGAUAAAGUUACCAAUUUAAAUGUCAUAGCAACCACUAUUGCAUAUUCCAUCAGGCAUCGUUCACCCUUGGUACGACAAUUUGUGAAUACAUUAAUAAGAACUACAGGCGAAACCAGAAUUACUACAAAGACUGCGGGUGAACUUCUGUUUGAUGGAUACAAAGAUCCUUUACUAGAAAUGGGAUUAGCAUUAAAUUACUCAGGAAUUCCAUAUGAUAAAUUUGGCUGGUUCUAUGACCGCAAUAAUUCAGAAACAUAUGAUGGUACAUUUAAUAUGUUCACUGGAGCCACAGAUGUACACAAAAUGGGUGUAAUUGAAAAAUGGAAUUAUAGUAAUACAACAGAAUUCUCUGGGUAUUGUGGCAUUUUAAAUGGUACAAACGGUGACUUAUGGCCGCCACUGCCUGACAAC